AUGACAACACCUGUUUCCCUAUCACAAGUUGAAAAAAAAACUAUUGAAUCAAUUUUAACAAAUAAAAAAGAAGAGGGUAAAUUAAUUACAAAAGUUACAAUAUUAAAUGAAAAAAAAAAGAAGUUAGAGAUUAAAACGUUAAUUUUAUCAAGUAAUAGAAUAUUUUUAUUUACAGAUUCAAAAGGAAAAUUAUCAGCAGAACAUCAUUAUUUAGAAAUUACAGAGAUAGCAAGUCAAUCAGAGAAUGAUGUUACAAUAAAAUUUAAGAAUCAAAAUGUUAUGAAGAUGAAUUUAGAUGCAUCAGAGGUAUUGAAGACAUUGUAUGGUACAUUAAUGUCAACAUUUCCUGGUAUUAAAAUUGGUAAAACCAUUAUUUUUAACAUUACACCAGCUAGUAGAAUACCAUCGAUAUUUCAAGCCACCUCAUUUAAAGAUAUUCAAGGUUGUGGAUCAUUCAAUCUUACAUAUCGAUCAGUUUGUGAUCAUUUAGGUGUACAACCAUUAUCAUCAAUACUUUGGGAUAUCGAAAAUCUAUAUCCAUUCAAUCAAGUUAGAGAAUUUAAUUUAGCGGAAAUCUAUCAAUACUCAUUCACAGAUCUAAAAGCAAUACUUUUAUCACUCUCCUAUAAUACAUACUUUCAAUCAUUUCAAUCCAAUGGUAAAUUAUCAAACGAAGAUCUAAACCUAUUAGCAGAAGUAUUCAAAGAGAAUUCCUCACUACAACAAUUAACAAUUACAAAUAGUCAAGCUUCAAAAGAACCAAUAAUAACUUUACUUCAAAAUGUUGCUGAAAAUAAAGCUCUUCAUUUAUCACAUAUUAAUUUAAAUAAUAAUUCAUUAGAAAAUAAAGGUAUUUUAACAUUAGGAUCAAGUAUUCAAACAUUUUCAAAUGGAUUAACAUAUUUAAAUAUUGAAAAUACAUCAUGUUCUGGUAAAGGAUUAGAGGCAAUGUUUGGAUGUUUAACAGCGAAUAAUGUAGUAUGUGGAUCAAUGACUCAUUUGAAUAUUUCAAACAAUAAAUUAGAAAGUUAUGGUACAAAUGGUUUAUGUAAAUUCUUAUCGAAAGCAACGGCAUUACAACAAUUAUUAAUGAGUAAUACAAGUCCAGUUUAUAGUUUUUUAAAGACAUCAUCAUCAUCGAUUCAAACUUUGGAUUUUAGUGGUAAUAAAUCAACUACAACCAAAGAGAGUGUAAUUGAUAUCUUAUCAUUUUUCAAACAAAUGUCACACUUACAAACUGUAAAUUUAUCAAGAAUUCAAACCACUCCAGAUGAUUUGAAACUAUUGUUUAGUCCUGCAACAUCAUUAUUGAAAUGUUCAAGUGUAGAUUUAUCAGAGAAUGAUCUUGGUGAUGGUGGUAUCAUUAAACUUUGUGAAAUUAUGUAUCCAAAUUCAAAUCUUCAUCAUCUUUCAAUCGAUGGUAACUUUAAAACAAAAUCAAAACUUAGAGCACGUGCAAUAGAGGCAUUGAUAAACUUGAUCGAUGAUAAUACAUCCAUCGAAUCACUUUCAUUGGCAAGUGGUAGUGGUAAAUAUCAAUUGAAGGGCGAUUUAAUGCCAUUGUUAUUAUCAUUGCUAAAGAAUCAAUCAUUGGUCAAACUUGAUAUCUCUGGAAAUGGUGUUGGUGAUAGUGGUGCUUUGGCUGUCUCGAAAAUCCUUUGGAAGAAUCAAACUUUGAAAUCAUUGAAAUGCGAUGGUAAUGAUUUCUCUUAUACCGCUUUGAAAAUGAUUAAAUGCUCAAUUAGACGUAACGAGAAAUCACUCACCAUCUUACAAUUACCAUUAAGUGAUAUUUCAACCAUCUUAAAGAAUGAUAGUAAUGGUAGUUCUCAUGAAAAGAUUUUAAAAACAAUUCAAGAUAUUCAAACUUCAAUCGUAAUCAAUUAUCCAAAUAAUAUUCAUCCAAUCGAUACAAGUUCUGGUGGUUUAACUCCAACAAAACAACCUUCAAUCGGUUCGUUGGCUGGUGUUAUUAAAAAACCACCAAUUGGACCACCAUCAACACCAACUAAAAGUUCAAAUCCUGGCUUUCAAACUUUACCAAAAAGACCAACAAGGGGACCAUUAUAUCCUGGUCGUGCUACUGGUGGUGCUGUAACCCUAACUGAUAAAGCUCAAAUCAAUGCUUCCACCAUUGAGUUACCACCACUUGUAUCUCGUUCGAUCGAUCUAUUAAUGGAACAAGGUAUUUCAUCUGUUGGUAUUUUCAGAACUUGUGCAUCUGCAACCGCAUUGAAGAAAAUUAAAACUAGAUUUGAAGCAGGUGAAGAUAUUGACCUAAAAGCAGAAAAUGUUGAUGUCGAUACAGUGGCAGGUGUAUUAAAGAGUUAUUUCCGUGAAUUACCAAAUCCAAUUUUCCCUGAAAAUCUACAUGAAUAUUUCUUCCAAGCAAUGAGACAGUCAUCCAAUGAAGAGAUAAUACAAUCACUCAAAGAUAUUAUAGAUCAACUCUCACCUUUAGAAUGUAAAAUGAUAAAGAAGCUUUUCCAUCUCUUACAUUUAAUCUCUUUGGAAAAGGAUGUAAAUAUGAUGUCACCAGAGAAUAUCGCAAUUUGUUGGGCUCCUACCUUUUUCAGAUCAUUCGCCUCUGAACUAUUACCAAUUAAUUCCUUUAUGAUUGUAAAUUAUUUCGAUAUAUUUGACCCAGAGAAUAAACCAAUUUCAAGUGAUAAUAGUGGUGAUGCUGAUACCGAUUCAACUCAAUCAACUUGCACAACCAACAACAAUAAUUUAGUAGCCACUUCUCUAAGUUCACCAAUUUCACCAUCUACCACUCCCACCAAAUCAAUUGAUAAUGUUUUACAUACUACUGUUGAAGUUUCAAGAUCACCAAAUCAUGAAAGAGCUCACACCGUUGGUCCAAUGACUUCAAAGAGACCAAUUUCAAAUAAUAAUGGUGUCAGUUCUAAUACUCCACCACUACCAAAUAAUGUUACACCACAUCAUAAUACUAUGCCAUCUAGACCAUCAGCUUCACCAAUUAAAAGACCACCAUCAAUGGGUGGAUCAUUAUCAAAUUUUGCUGGUAUUCCAUUAUCUAAUCAUUCUUCAAGUGGUCAAUUAAACAACAACAAUAGUAAUAAUAAUACUACUUCAAACUCUUCAAAUUCUUCAUCUGGUAAAAGUUCAAGUAAUCCAAGUCCAAUUCCAACACCACCAGAUUCACCAAGUAUGUCUUAUAUUGGUGAUGGUAAAUCAACUUUAAGAAGUAAAAGAUUUAGUAGAGUUAAUCGUGUUUCCUAUUCACCUGUUUUACCUCGUGCUUGGACAAAUGAAUCUAGAACAGUUUCUUCUUUAUUCCAAGAUGAUUUAGAUUCAAAUAGUGAUUCUUCAGGUCCAAGUUUAUAA